AUGGGCCAACCCUUCGAACCAGCUCCCUCCUGGUCACCAGUGACAACACCUCGCAGCAUCAGUCACGGUUUGUACGACCAACAGUCAACGCCUUCGCACUAUCCCUACCAAGGCACCAGUCCCUACAACCCCCAUGACUACUCUGGCUCCCCUCAUCACUAUCCCCCGCCGCCAUACGGUUACGACGGCUACCCAAACUCAGCCACAGACCCCGAGGGCAGGCACAUCAACAAGAAGUACUCAACAGAGGAAGGAGACUUCAUCAUCUACGCAUGGCAUGACAAGAAGCUUAAGUGGCAGGCCAUCAAGCAAGAGUACGCUAUGAUUUUUGGUAAAAAACCGAGGCGAACGGUCCAAGGCCUGCAGGCAUGGUACUACAGGAUGAACCAAAAGAUUCCGGUCUGGGACAGUGAUGGAUGGCUCAUCUUUGACGGAGAGGACGAGCUUGAGCCACGACAAGUCAGUAUCAAAUGCCGCGAGAGGGAUCAGGGCCGAAGGCGCGUGCCCGAGCUCAUGGGCCUCGCCCAACGAUACCCUGAACGGCUCAUGGGCUAUCACUGGGUCGAUCCAGAAAUAAAGCAGCAAGCCAGAGAUUGGGCGGCCAAGCGAGAGCUUCAAUACCGAGAGCGCCGUGAGAGACGAAAGAAGAAGGAGGCACGAAGGGCGCGGCUGUAG